AUGCCCGCAAGAACACCCACACCUGUAAAUAAAAGGAGAAAGCCAACCAAAGUCAUCAUUGAUCUAUCAAAAAUCUCUCAGGAUGAGUACGAGCCCGUUGUUAAUAUUUCUGAGUUCGACUUGGGAAGAAAGAUCGGAACGCCAAAAGACAUCAUGCUGGAGGAAUUGUCUCUGCUCAAGAACCGAGGCUCCAAGAUGUUUAAGAUGAGGCAGCAGCGGGUGGAGAAGUUCAUCUAUGAGAACAACCCUGACAUCUUCUGUGGUGACUCUAUGGAUGAAUUGCAGAAGUUUGUCCCGACGGUAGGUGGUCAGACAAGCAGCCAAACGAUACACCUGGGAGGGUAUCUCCUCAGCAAAGAUGCUAGUCAGUUGCAUUAUGGAGGGAUGGUGUUUGGAGGAGGGGCCCCUGUGCCUCCUCCGAAACCUGGAAGCAAGAGCGGUGAAGCUGGGGGAUUGGUAGGAGUCGGAGGAGCCGGAGGAGGCGCGGAGGGACAAGGUGCCACGCAGCAAGGGAAAGAUGGAAUUGAUGGAGGAUCGGGUGAAGGAUCCAAACCAAAAGAUGGCGGAAAAGAUGACGCGUCUAAGAAGAUGCACAUAAAGACCUACAUAUCUCCUUGGGAGAAAGCCAUGAAGGGUGACGAAAGUUUGCUAGCCACCCUAAAAGGUUUCAUGCCCGGCCCCGGUGGGCAAAUUGAUCUGCGCAAGUACAAAUGCUUCAACAGGACUGCCAUGCCCUAUGGCGGAUUUGAAAAGGCCCUCCAGUUCAUGAAAUUCCAAAUGCCCGAAACUGAGAAGACCAAAGUGGUAGCUGAGCCCACAGUGGUGUACGGUCAUGAUCUCAACCUCCGACCUUCCUUCAACCGCACACCCAUUGGCUGGGUGGGUAGCAGCGAGCCCAGCAGCAUCCACGUGGAAAUGAACGGCGUACCUGAUGAGGUGCCCCACCUCAUGCCCUUGGACGGAGAGACCGAGGAGCUGUGA